AUGGUCAGGAACGUAAUAGAUUUGACAGCUUCCGACCCACCGGACAUAGCUCCCGAGGUGAGGCAGCCCUUCAUUGACCUUCCAACUUCCACCAUAGCGAAGACCUUGGAAGUUGCAAUUGCAGAUGCCAACUCAGAUCGCCUUCGUGCGACACUUCGAGCUGUUUGUCGUGCAUCAAAGCAGACUCAAGCCUUAGCCCAAAGUCUAUUACUGGCAGACGACGCAGACGCAAGACACGUCCAGAUAGAGAGGAAUUGUAACAGCGAUGGGUUCCUCACCGGUAGUGACGAUGAAGAGGAAAGCGAGGGGAGACAAGACCUUGAGAGCCAGCCUCAUCUGCCACGGUUGCUUCAGGACGUUAGCUCAAUGAAGAGGCCUCGCCCUAGAUAUGUUACCUGUGACAACUGUGACGAAGAGUUCGAUGUGAAAAAGAAGUUGAUUGGGACGGAGACUUCUGGGCAGAUCACGACGAGGAUUGCCACGGUCGUAUCGAAGAUCUCGGAGAUGAAUUUCCAGAGGGUUUCGCCUGGGACUGCUGUGACCGCCUCGGAGAUCAACCUGGCUGCAAGAUAG